UGCAGUUCCGCCUUGCUAGGUGUGCUCUCUUUGCAUGGAGAGUAGCGUAAGCUCGUCCUGCUUUGCUGGGGAAUGCCCGCCCCAUUAGCCUUGUCAGCCAUCAUUUGCCUCUGCAGGUCCCUCCCUCUCUCUCUCCAGUUUCAGAGUUCAGUGUGCAGUUUGCGUGCGCAGAGCUACUCCAUAACAGUCAGGGUCUGUACUGAGAGAUAUGCAAAAGACGAGCUUUUCAUCAGCUGGCGAACCUCUGAGUGCGAACAUGUCUUCAGCAUUAUAUAGGGUAGUUGAGAACGGUGCGAAAGUGGAAGAAGGUGCUGGAUUCGAUGUCCUGAAAACAUACAGCCCGAUUCCGACCCGGGAUGGCGUUACCACCCUCGGCAACGUGGACCAACAGAGUUACAUCCUCACGCCUGUCAUGUCUCCAAACCCUGCUGGCUACCAGACCUUCGUUUACGCCGCGCCUCAGCAGGAUCUUCGUUCACCAUUCCUAAAUGCGACCUGGGGAAGUGAUGUAGGAUCGCAAGGCACGCUGAAGAGAGUUGUGUUAUUGGCUCCUCCACAGGAGUCACACUAUUCUACAUUACAUGGGAUUAACAAUGUCACAUCACAGGCUGUUAUCCAGAAUGUACAAAGUAUCCAAAAUGUUGAACAGCGGAGUCCAACUCCGGAUAAAUUGCCAAGUUUCAAGGGAACAAAUAUUUCCUUGGAAAAGCAAACCAUCAUUGAACAGAACUCUACAAAUAAGUCUGAAGUUACAAGUCCUACUCAGGAUAAAUCACCAAUUUACAAAAGUGUUUCAUGGGGAAGCCAAACCAUCAUAGAACAGAACUCUACAAAUAAGUCUGAGCUGACAAGUCCUACACAGUUGAAAAGUGCUGCUGAUUUCAGUAGCGACAAUGCAGAAAAACUUGACCCACGGUACUUUGGAGAAUUGCUGGCUGAGUUGAACCGCAAGUCUACUGAUACUUAUAACUUUUUAUAUUCACACGUGGAAAAGAUCCAUGCUCAUAAGCCUAGUGAGUCAGAUGACCAAGACGUGGAGUCAUUAAUACCGAAGGGGAUUUCAGAGCUGACAAAGCAGCAAAUUCGUUACCUGUUGCAGAUGAGAAUAACAGCAGAAAAGUCUCAGAGGCUUUUGUUGGCCACAUUCAGCAGCCUACGAGAAGAACUUAGUCAUCUCGAGCAAGAUCUGAGGAGACUGGAUUCAGAAAAAGAGAGCCUACAGCGGGACCUGAAUUUUAAAGAUCAGCAAGCAAAGCAAUAUGAGAAACUCUUGGAAGCUGUGAGAGAGAACAACCGCCAAUUGCAGGAUACUAUUAGAGAAGGUGGAUCAAAUAAUCGAAAACUUGAAGAAAUGAUUCUCUCAAUGAAAAACCAAGAAUCAGACAAAGACUACCAAAUUAAAGAACUGGAAUAUGGGAAGCGAGUCCUGGAGAAGGAAAAUGAAAGUCUUAGGCUGCAGCUGUCAGGACAGGGUUCAAGCCCAUCGUUCCAAAACAAGGCAGAUGAGAUUUCUCGCCACUACAAGGAUAUGAUCGACAAACUGCGAGAAGAGAAAGAAAGGGAGAUUACCACCCUGAGGAGUGAGAUUAGCAGGAUCCAACGAGAUGCGUCGACAAAGGAAGGCAGCAGUAGCAGUAUGCAGCUGAAGGUGAUGGACCUGAGUUCUGUACUACAAGAAAAAGAAACGCUCAUCAAACAGCAAAAGGAGGAGAUCUUAAGAUUACAGCAAGCAAAAGAAUCUGGAAGCAAUUCAUCAAGAACAAUUAUCACCAAAACGUACAGUAACCAGUAUCCUAUCCUCGGCCUGCUGAAUGAUUACAAACCUCCACCACCAGUUCAGAGGGAACAUCAGUAUGUGAUUGAAAGGACUGAGAAGUGGUAAUAGGAAAAGAAAAUGCAGAUGAAAACUGGUCCUUUCAAGAAUAUGCAGCUUUCUCUUACUGACACUUCGUUAUUUUCAUUAUUUACGGUCCAUAUCAAUAUUUUUGCAAUGGAAGUUUGCACAAGGUCAUCAGGGAGCUGAAACACUAAGUGCUGUACUUUGUUUACAGUGACACACAUGGCAAAAUUUAAUGCAAAGACUUUAGUAUGAAGUUAAAAUAAUCAUAUUGCUUACUGUUGUGAGGCUUAAUUAACAGGGCACAGUCAUGUGAAAGCAGUCUGCCAUGCAGUAAAUCAUCUGGAUCAAAAACUUAAUUAGUUGCUGAUGGAAUAGCUCACUUUGCUUUCUUAGGUGCCGAGUAAGUGUAUGAGAUCAGAUGUGUUGAAAGAAAUAGUUUCUAAUUGAGAGUCGGCUUUUUAUUUUGGUGUUUGCUGGCAUGAUCCUCUUACUGUGAAACAUCCUCAUUAGAGACUAGCCAUGUAUAAAGGCAUCCAUUUGUGGUUGAUCUAUACGUCUCCUACCAAUAUCAUUUUGCUAAGUCAGCCUAGCAAUCCAUAAAGAAUGGGCUAAUUGCCAUACAACUUUUCAAAGUUUGCAUGCCAGCAUAGGUCACUAUGUGCAUACAUCUCACUUUUAAAGAUUAUUGGUUAUUUUCACAGCUAAUGACAAUAGUAACAUUCAGGAUGGAUGCAGCCUGAAGCAUCCUGUUUAUUUUGCAAAAUAUGUUUCAGAAACAUAAGUGUUUAAAAAAAAAUGCUUUGUGACAUGCUUGUUACUCAUGUGGCUGGAAUGCAGCUGCAUAUGUGAGCAUUUAGUUACUUACCUUUCAGGAUGCGAGUCCACAAAUAUAGAAUCUGGUUUGCUAAAACAAGACCACCACAGGUGUUCAGCUGCCAUUUUAAGUGGACAAUGCUAACUGUGUCUGUCGCUGUAGUCCAGCAACAGUGGUGAUGGGAUGCUGGGUUUUGACACCUGGUCCUUUACUACGACAGACAGCAGUGCAGACAUGGACCAUGUGUAUUACCUCUGCUCUGUGGACAGGACUGGCAUAUUAGUUCCGAAGGUAAUGUUCUUCUACAGUCUGACAUUUGAAGCAUGUUAAGGUUCAUUUAAUCUAUCACUUUUAUAAAUUCUGUUCCUCUUAUUUCCUUGCUAAAUGUAUGUUGAAGACAUGAAGACAAAAGGCAAUGUGAUAACUUUUGUAGAAUGAAGAUGAACAUUGAACGUCACUUAAGUUUCACACUAUAACUUCUUAGUCAGGAGCUAAAAGAAGGCAGUAGUUGCCGAUAAGAGUGCACUGCACAUCCAUGUGUUUUUUUUUUCUCAAGUCUUUUGUGUACAUACUGCAGGUUUUUUUUAUCUCAUCUUGCAUCGUAGCUAUUUCCAAAAAGUGGAGGAUUUCUGAUCAUGCUAAACAAACUCUUAAAAGUCAUUAGAAUUAACCUGCUGCAUUCAGUUAUGUUACUGUAAACAAUGUGCAUUUUUUUCUUUACUUUUUGUAUCACACGUCAAGCUGAAAUGGUCAUCCUUAAUCAUAGCUAAGAAGCUGUCUUUAGUAGCAGUGCAUUCUUAAAAAAAUAACUUAAACAUUAAUAUAUUUAAUGAUCUCAAAUGUGAUUUAGGGUAACAAAUAAACUACUGAACUGACUAGGAAUUAGCUAGUUUGAUAUUGUAUUAUUGCAGAUACUUUUAUUAAAAACAGACUUGAUUAGGUUUUACAAUAAAUGUUGGGAUGGACCUUGCAGAAGAAAAGAAUGUAUAUAUAUUUUUAUGAACAUACUUUUGUACUCAUUUGUGUGCGGAUUAAUUUUUCUUGUAAAAAGGGGCUUGGGUUAAUGAUUCUUUUUAUGGGAGUUAUUUCAGGAACAAAAGAGGAAUAUUUAUACUUCUUAGCUCUGGCUUAUUAAGCAUUAACUCAGGAUGGUAUUAGAAGUAAGAGUAGCAAAAGAAUAAACAUGUAGACCUAAGAAAUCUCACUCCUUGAAGGUGCAGUUUAUUUGAUUCAGCAGGAGUGAUAAAGGGGCUUCACUGCUCCAUUUUUGUGGCAUUCCUGCAAUAUUUUCUGUAGCUCCUGGCACUCAAACGUAGCUAGGCAAUUCAUUUAAAUAGUUGUAGAAAUACAAAGCCUGGCAACUUGUUCACUGCAGUUUAGAAUAAUUUUGAAUAGUGGUAUUAAUGCAGAAAAUGUACAGUAAACAAACUAGAAAUAAUGAAUUAUAAUAUACCCUAUGAAAUAAAUGUCUUAGAAUGUA